AUGCAGGUUGCUGCUCAAAAUAUGCCGGUGUCGAGCUUAGUGAUUGGUUCACUCAGUACGUUUUUGUUCAAUCCAGGUGUGGAUCUGGUGCCUAUCAAGCCUAUUCACAAUUGCAUCGCUCUGCAAGGAGAUAUCACAACGGAGAAAACUAGACAAGCCAUCAAGAAGGAGCUUCAACGUUGGGAGGCGGAUUGUGUUCUUCACGAUGGUGCUCCAAACGUGGGUUUGAACUGGAUUCAUGAUGCGUUCCAACAAAAUUGUCUUGUUUUGUCUGCGCUGAGAUUGGCUACGCAGAUCCUUAGGAAAAAUGGAACUUUCGUCACAAAGGUUUUCCGUUCAAAUGACUACUCCUCACUGAUCACUGUGUUCGAGAAACUUUUCAGAAAAGUUCAUGUAUGGAAGCCAGCUGCUUCUCGUCUUGAAUCCGCAGAGAUUUUCGUUGUCUGUGAAAAGUAUCUGAAACCUCCAAAGGUAGCUCCAGAACUGCUUGAUCAUAAGAAAGUUUUCUCUGAGCCUGAUGGUGAUGAAGCGCAUAAGUCAAAUCCUCAAACUCUCUUUCUGGGAAAGAAGGAAAAGAAAGCUAAAGCAGAAGGUUAUGAAGAAGGUAUGCUGGCAGUACACAAAAAAGUUGAUGCAACAACAUUUAUCCAAGCACAUGAAUAUCUGGAAGUGUUAGGCGGAGCAAAUGAAAUAGUUCUUGAUCAGGAAAAGUGGAAAAACGCUCCGGAAACAAAUGAAGAGGUGACUUUGAAACAUCAUAACGAUUUUUUUGUGUGUUUCAUCAGGCUAUGCAACUAUAGAUUCGCGAGUACCUGAAA